GUGUAUCGGUCGUGUUCGGGUGAUUCCGCUGCUCUCCUCCAUUUUGCAUAGUUACGUGUGUGUGUUGAAAGCUUCUCUGCUCCUGCAAUCCGUAUCACGCCGUGGAGACCGCUUUCCUGCAAUGGACGGCAUUGCAAGCGAUGUUGCAGUUGGUGUAAAGAGAAGCUCAGAUGAAUUGCUGUCUGGCAGUCUCUACAACAGUCCAAACUCUUCAGUCACUGCUAAUGGAAGUGACAGUAAGAAACUGAGGGUGGAGGACAGCAUGGAUAGCCCACCGUCUAGAGUUAUUCAUAUCCGGAAACUUCCAAAUGAGGUUUCCGAAACUGAGGUCAUUGCCCUGGGUUUGCCCUUUGGAAAGGUCACCAAUAUUCUGAUGCUUAAAGGCAAAAACCAGGCAUUUUUGGAACUUGGAACAGAGGAAGCAGCUAUUACUAUGGUAAACUACUACACGGCAGUUACACCACAAGUGCGUAAUGUCCCAGUGUUCAUUCAGUACUCCAAUCACAAAGAGCUCAAGACGGACAGUGCUCUCAACCAGCGGGCUCAGGCGGUGCUGCAGGCAGUGUCAGCGGUCCAAGAGGGUGGGUCUCCAAGCUCAGACACGGCGGGCGAGAGCGUGUUAACGCCUGCCCCCAGUCCAGUGCUGCGAAUAAUCAUCGACAACAUGUUCUACCCAGUAACCCUGGACGUCCUCCAGCAGAUUUUCUCCAAAUUUGGGACUGUCAUGAAGAUAAUCACAUUUACCAAAAAUAACCAGUUCCAGGCUCUUCUGCAGUUCAGCGAUCCAGUGAAUGCCCAGCAGGCUAAACUGUCCUUGGAUGGCCAGAACAUAUACAACUCCUGCUGCACUUUGCGCAUUGACUUCUCCAAGCUGGUCAACCUAAAUGUAAAAUACAACAACGACAAAAGCCGGGAUUAUACCCGGCCCGAGCUGCCCGCAGGAGACGGCCAACCACCCGUGGACCCGUCUGUGGCUGCCGCUCUCAGCAAAGACUCCACCUCCCUUCUCGGUACUCCCUCUGGAAUGGUAACUUCCUACUCUAGUGGUGGAGGGUUUCCAUCUUCUCUAGGUGCCAUCAGCCCUCUGAGCGCGGCUGCAGCGGCGGCGGCAGCAGCCGGGAGGGUGGUGCUGUCGGGACAUUCGGGACCUGGCGGUGUGCUCCUGGUCAGCAAUCUCAAUGAGGAGAUGGUUACGCCCCAAAGUCUGUUUACCCUCUUCGGUGUCUAUGGUGACGUGCAGCGUGUGAAGAUCCUUUACAACAAGAAGGACAGCGCCCUCAUACAGAUGUCCGAUGGAAACCAGGCCCAGUUAGCCAUGAGCCACUUGAAUGGGCAGAAGAUGUAUGGCAAGAUCAUUCGUGUGACCCUUUCCAAGCACCAGACGGUACAGCUGCCUAGAGAGGGUUUAGAUGAUCAGGGUCUAACCAAAGACUUUACCAGUUCUCCUCUGCAUCGCUUCAAGAAGCCAGGAUCAAAAAAUUUCCAAAACAUCUUCCCCCCUUCAGCUACACUUCAUCUCUCCAACAUCCCUGAAAGUGUGACGGAGGACGACUUACGACUGCUCUUCUCAAACUCUGGCGGAACGGUGAAAGCGUUCAAGUUUUUUCAAGAUCGCAAAAUGGCUUUGCUACAGAUGGCAACAGUGGAGGAGGCAAUUCAAGCACUCAUCGACCUUCACAACUACGAUAUGGGUCGUGGUCAUCGCCUGAGAGUGUCCUUCUCAAAGUCUACCAUCUGAAGAUCAUCUGGUGCUGUCUUUCCUUUUAUUUUCCCGUGAAGAUCAAGUUAAAUUUAUUUUUACCAUCAUUCCUUAAUACCAUAUCAAAAACUUAAACGAGCACGGCUGUUGAAGAGAACAUUUGCUCUGUAUUUGCUUCAACUAUUUGUUUUACUUUGUGUUUUUCCAGCUGUUGUUGUUUGUUUUUGUUUUUUUUUUCCAAAAAGGCUGAUUUCUUUUUAAGAAAGGAUUGACAAAAAUGUGCCUUACUUAGCAAAUAGUGUCAUUUGUUUCGCUCCCGUGGUUACAGAUUAUAGACGUUGAGGCACAUGGGUGAUUCUCACGAAAUCCAGACUUAGGUGUUCAGCAUCAGAUUUUUUUUAAAAGCCCUUGAAGCCAAUUUUUUUGCACAUAUAAGAUUAAGGUCUGUACUAAAACUAUUAUUUUUAGAGGAUUUAAAACAAUUUCCUAUAAAAGUAUUUACAUUUUUUAGAUUAUCAUUAUAAAAAAUGAUCAUUAUCGCAACAUGAUAUUACAUUAAAUAUAUGCAUUUACAAACUCGUGUUUUGGUAAUGAGAACUAAAAAGUUGUCUAGGUACUAUGACAAACAAAAUUGUAACUUUUAUCUGGAGGGAAAAAAUAAGAACUGCUUACCUGGUAGCCAUCUUGAGUGUCACAGUCAAUUAUGUCCCUUCCAACACGUAUUUUUUGAAAAUGUUAGUUCCUUGACGGCUUAAACAAUGAUUGAAAAUUGUUGCGGAGGAUGAGAAAAUUUUUCUUGGACAUAUUUAUAUUUCUUCUUAUUGUCUCUACAUUGAACAAUGAUCACCAAAUACCACAUGUUUCUUUACUGUAAAUGUUUAUAGUAUAACAUGCACUGAAGCUUUUUAUUUUUUAGAUUUUAUUAAAGCUCCACUGUGUAGGAUCUACUCCCAUCAAGCGGUGAAAGUCUAUAUGACAACCAACUGAAUUUUACUUUCUAGCCCCCCCCAUUCGGAACGCGUUUUAACUCGUACGGUGGCCCGGCCGUGUCAUGCCAAGGUUAACAUGGCUUCCAGUAGUUACAAAGCAAAAGCAAUGAAAAAAAAAAUGAACAAUUUGCAAUGUCAUUUGCGUGUGAUCCAUCAAAGCACACAGAUUUAUGUUUAACAUGGAAAAAGUCUGAUUGUCAUGAUAUGUCCGCUUAAAAUCACAUACAAAAAGCAACCAUAAACGUAGCUUAGACACUUCUUUUUUCAUCGACGCGAGGAAAAUAUCACACGGGCUGUUAAACUUGGUAUUAAGAUGUGUUUUCAUUGAUCAGAUCACAAGUGGACGAGAGAGACACAUUACGUUUACACUUGGUGUUUAAAUCCGUCUCUUUUUGUCCAUUUUCGACAGCUUCUCUUCAGAGUCCCUCUCCUGUCAUUUAAUCAUGAGCUAGAGUAAUGACGGGUUUAAAUGGACACGAACGAACUAAUAUGUCAGAGUCCAAUGCUUAUGUUUAAGUAAACAUUACAUGUCUGUGUAUAUGUAAGAGCUUUCUCUGAUAUUGGUGAAAUAAGAUCGCUCAACUUUCACACGCUUGUAAAAUGAAACGAAAGACGCGCAGAUCAGACGCUUUUAUCAAUGAAAGGCUAAAAAUAGCGCUGUACACCGUGUGUUUGUGUUAGAGGUCAGAAAAGAUGAAAAACAUUUAUCUCAGUACCUCAGAUUACAUAAAUGUGCGGAGAGACGGCGUGUGGCUGUUCCAAGACAUUAAACCACAUGCAUGUUUACACUAACAAGUGUUACGCAUACCCAUGCUAUAGUUAGCCAAGGAACUAUAAAACUUCAAGUUUACAACAUAAACUGUAUAGAUGUAAACGAAUAUGCUGAAUUACCUGUGGUGAAGUAACCUAGCAACUUCAUUGUCCAAUGAGCCCCAUCUUGGAAAACUAACUCCAAUAUUGACUUUGGUCUUGAUGUUUUUCCUGUCGCGUUGUCGUUUAAAAUCCCUGUUUCGCUUCCUUGGCGACUUGUUUUAAUGUCCUCGAGAAUAGUUCUUCAACAGGCUUUCAAAUCCAAGCAUUAGAUCGCAGGUUUAUCACGGCGUGCGGCCGAAGGAUUCAGUCUAACGCAGGUCGCAUAUCCGGGCUGCAUACGUCAUCAAGCCUGGUUUAUUUAAAUUAACUGAGCAUUACAUUCGCAAGUCAUAAGCAUAUUACAUCAAUUUACAAUUAACUAAGAAUAAAUGUCAGCUUUAUAAUUGUUAAUAUUCUGAAAUAAGACUGUCUUGAUGACGUAUACCGCCUACACAUGCAACCUCCGUAGGCUUCAGCUCGCGGCCAGCUUGAGUGUGCUCUGAAAGCGCGAAAGGUGGAGCUUGAAUUUCAGGAAUGUCCCUCGUCAGCGAAUGUAUUUCAAAGAUGGAGGCACAACAUGGAUUCAACCAGAGAGCGACUCGAUCGUAUGUAUUUUAAAUAGCAGAUUCUACACUUACGAGAAUACUUUGAUUAGUGGGGUGGAAGGAAUUACACAUGAAUGAGCACAUACUUUUGGAAGAAAACAUGGGUUUUUGCUAAGAAUUAACUAAAAAAAGUACACACUGGAGCUUUAAUGAUAAAUAUUUCCAUGUCAAAGAACCCAAAUCCAGUCAUGGACACGUUGCGGUAAUGAAAAAUUUCCCCUUAAAUGUGAAAAAAAAAUUUGGUUUGUAUGAUGUCAUUUGAAAUCAUGAGCAACAUAGUACAUGAAGAGAUGUUUUUAACUGUAUGCUUCUUAUUUUGAUAGCAUUUACUUUUUUUAUCAAAAUGUUUUAUGACACCUCAUAAGUCUGAUUUCGUGAGACUCACCCACAUUGGUAUAUGAAAUGUGAGAUGAUAAAGGAAAUGUUACCCUAAUAAUCACCUGGAUUGUGUUGUUUUCAAAGUGAUGGUGUGAAAUCUUGCCCAAUAUCUUAAAAUGUUUUUGAUGGGAUAUGCUCCAAGUUGUAAAUUUCCUUUGUAUAUUUUUAGUUUAUUCGGGGCCAUAGUGAUUUUUUUGUGUAGUGAGGCACCCAAGGUAUUUUUUGUGAUUAAAUUCUGUGAUUAAACAAUGACAGUGGGGAGCAUAGUGUGUAAUACAUAGUAUCUGCUUUAAUAUUUUUCACUCGGCUUUGCUUAAGUGAAUUGUUUUACCCAUUUUUAAAGUGAAAAUCCAGUUUGUUAUCAGAGCAUGUGCUGAUGGAUCUUGGCAGUUGCAUGUGUCAGAUUGACCAUGUUUAACGUUGUGAUGUCAUUAUUGUAGGGACUGUUGGGACCAAAGUAAAUGUGCCUUUAGUCUUUCUUUAUUCUACAUUGUACAAAACUUUUAUUCAGCCUCGGGAAUAUUUUUAUCAAUUAGAAAACAGACAUCACUUAAAGGAUCCUUAAUUGUUUUUGAUCUUGGUUAUUUAAAGAAAAUUGCUCAUUGAUGACCUCUUUGUAUCAUUUGUUUGAAAAAAGUGGUUUGGCCUGGGAAAAAGGGGGGACAUAUUGUAAAUUUUUUACAUGAAUUUAGUUUUUACAUCUUUAGGAAUGUAAUGAAGUGGCACAAUUAAAAGUUCAUUUUCCUACCAAGAUUGUGCUUGACGGUCCCUGUGUGGUGUAGUGCUUUUACACUGUAGCAUGCUGAAUAAACUCUUCUCACUCUGCAUUCA